CUCUUUUGGCCGGGUUGCUUCUACAGUCGUUUUUCUUACACCGCCUGAGACGUCUUUCGGGGUGGUAUCCUUCUUUUACUGCUACCUAACUAACCUCUGGCGCAAACCGACAUAAGACCCGCUAUAUAGUAUCCUUCCUUCAACGACUCAGAUGGGAUCUUCUUUGGGAUGGAGGUCACUCCUCCUCGGUGCCCUGGUGCCAUUGACCAGGGCUGCCACUGUCCCCGCUCGAGGGGAGAUCACCACGAUCACAGCCACCUCCCUGGAGACAGUCACCUAUACCACGACGACUGCCUUUCCGGUCAUCACCAGCGAGGCCACUUGCACCCUCGACUCGACGGCCCCGACUGGUACUGCUUGUGAGGCUGGAGUAUGGUCUGCUGGAACCAACUACUACCAAGCGGUUUGUUCGUCCGCCUCUCUCUCUGGGGGGACCGACCUGGGUGGUGGCGUCAAUUUCCCUUUCGAAUCCUGCUACGCAUCCUGUACUGCCACAAGCAGCUGUGUUGGAAUAAACUAUGUCAUCUGGAAUGGUAUCUCGGUCUGCGAGUUGAUGGCAGGCACAGUCACGCAAAAAACCGCAGCAAGCUCUUACAAGCUCAUGCAGGUUUUCACCACCAAUCCAUGUGUUAUCACGGCUACGGGCUCGACGACCGAGACUGAAACCGGUACUUCGACGGUGACCCAUACCGUUCUCUAUACCUCGACCAUCGUCAUUCCCACAUCGACUCCGUCCUCGUCUUCUGUCCUUGUGGCCACCUCCAGCGCAGCUCCCUUGAGUGUCCCUUCGCCAGUUGUGUCAUCCUCGACCAUCCCCUCAAGUUCCUCGGCUAGCAUUCCUGUCCUUUCUUCGGCCUCUGCAGUGGCGCCUCCUUCCUCACCCGUGUCUUCCAGCACUGCCGCUGCUUCAACAACACGCGUAUCCGCUUCUUCGAGCGUCUCAUCUCCGGUUGCUUCUUCAAUUUCUUCCGCCAUCCGCAGCCCUAGUGUCUCCACUUCUUCUUCGGCCUUGCUGUCAAAAUCUUCGGCAUCGACCCCUCUUCCCAGCAUUUCGUCGUCUGCUCUGAAAUCGCAAUCCGCAUCUACUCCUUUGUCCAGACCCUCUUCUUCAGCCUUGCGAUCCCCCUCUUCUGUGUCAACACGUCUGCCUAGAACAUCGUCUUCCUCCGUGCUAGCCUCUUCCUCUGCCCCCACUCCGCUGUCCAAGAUCUCUUCGUCUUCGUCAUCCGCCGUCCUCCAUUUCUCGUCGAAUGUGCCGUCAUCUUCCUCCGUUCCCCCCCGCCUAGAGACCACUGUGCACCCCAGCCCGUCAUCCAUCCCCCUGUCUCGGAACACCACAGCCCUACCCCCGUCUCUGUCGUCCACCACUCCCUCCAGUCUAUCGGGGGACCUGCCGCCAUCGAUCACAUCCGCGCCCACAAUCUCGGGCAUCAUCCCUCCUGUGGGUGACUCCAUCACCACGGAAACCCUCUACACGACUAUUUCCUCUACCAUCUACAAGUGCCCUUCCACCGUGACCGACUGCCCUUUGACAGCAAAGACCGCCUACAGCACCGUCAUCGAGACAAUCACCAUCGGAACCACGGUCUACCCCGUCACCACGUCCACCGUCUACACCACCCAGGUCGCGACUGUUGUUGCCUGCCCAUAUUCCGUCCCCAACUGCCCUGCGUCAGAACGGACAAGCUAUCUGACCACCGAGACUGUGCCGGCAUACACGACCGUCCGUCCCAUGACUGUCGGCGAAACUGUCACCGAUGUUCCCACUGCCUCGAUUAUCGAGGUCACUUCCACUAUCUACGCAACUGCAUAUCGGACCAUUGACGCUUGUCCUGCUUCUUGAGCGGGGUCUCUCGCUCCCGUGCACUGAUGGUUUGAUGAGCACUGUCCCUACUUUCUUGCG